GCUACUCCUUCGAAACACUUCAGCAAACUAACAAGAGCCACUAGUCAAGCCAUCGUCUAAUAUUCUAAACUCAUCGACAACUAUGCGUGUCCUAUUACUCUCAUCCACGCUACUCCUCGCUGCUGCUGUUCUAGCAACUACUGCAGACCCUGUUGGUGCUGAUGUAGGUGGCCACCAUGGUGGAGGUCAUCACGGAGGCCACCAUGGUGGACACCACGGCGGUCAUCACGGUGGUGGACAUCAUGGUGGUGGCCAUCACGGCGGUGGCCACGGCGGUCCCCACAAGAGACAGGAUCAGGCUGGUGCCGAUGUUGGCGGCCACCACGGUGGAGGUCAUCAUGGAGGUCAUCAUGGAGGUCACCAUGGUGGGCACCACGGCGGCCAUCAUGGCGGUGGUCAUGGCGGUCACCACAAGAGACAGGAUCAAGUUGGUGCUGAUGCAGGUGGCCACCAUGGUGGAGGUCAUCACGGAGGUCACCAUGGUGGACACCAUGGCGGCCAUCAUGGCGGUCAUCAUGGUGGCGGUCACGGUGGUCACCAUGUCGCUGAAGCUGGCGCUGCCAACUAAGUAUACAGGAACUGCAUCUAUGCUGGUCAUGGAUCGUGUCAGAAGCCAACCCGGCCGUUUCCUGUUAGUUUGAACUCUAUUU